AUGCAAAACCUUCGUAAUAGUGUUUUACUAUCUACUUGUCAUAGAUAUUAUAGAAGAUUGUUGAUCGGAAGGCAUAACAAUCACAAGGUAUUAACAAGAUCACAAGGAUUUAUGCGUGAAGUUUCUUAUUCAAAAUUUAUUAAGAGUACUCAAGAUGAUGCUUUGAAAAAUCCUGAAUUAGUAAAUACUGGUGUUUCUAAUGGCGAGACAAAGAAAAUGAAUUUAUUUCAAGCAAUAAAUGAUGCUUUGAUGGUAUUUGGUGAAGAUGUAUCAUUCGGUGGAGUUUUUCGUUGUACAUUAAACUUGGCAGAAACGUUUGGUAAAGAUAGAGUAUUUAAUACGCCUUUAACAGAACAGGGAAUUGUUGGCUUUGCCAUUGGUAUGGCGUCAGUGGGUCAUACUGCUAUUGCAGAAAUCCAGUUCGCUGAUUAUAUAUUUCCUGCUUUUGAUCAAUUGGUAAAUGAAGCAGCUAAAUAUCGAUAUCGUUCAGGUAGUCAAUUCGAUGUUGGUGGUUUAACAGUUAGAACGCCUUGUUCGGCUGUUGGUCAUGGUGGUCAUUAUCAUUCUCAAAGUCCAGAAGCUUAUUUUGCUCAUACACCUGGUUUAAAAAUUGUAAUUCCUAGAAGUCCCAUACAAGCUAAAGGACUUUUAUUGGCUUCUAUAAGAGAUAGAAAUCCUGUACUAUUUUUCGAGCCAAAGAUAUUAUAUCGUGCUGCUGUUGAACAAGUACCAGUAGGAGAUUAUGAAUUACCAAUAGGAAAAGCGGAAAUUCUCAAAAAAGGAAAAGAUGUUACAGUGGUUGGUUAUGGAUCACAAAUUUAUAUUCUUGAGAAUGCAAUAGAACGAAUAGAGAAAGAAAUUCCUGGUCUAUCAUGCGAGUUGAUAGAUCUGAGAUCAAUCUUGCCUUGGGAUAGUGAGACUGUUGAAAACUCGGUAAAUAAAACUGGUAGAUUAGUAAUUGCUCACGAGGCACCUCAAACAUCUGGUUUUGCUGCUGAAGUUAUUGCCACUGUUAUGGAAAGAUGUUUCUUAAGACUUGAGGCUCCUAUUCAACGAGUCUGUGGUUGGGACAUACCUUUCCCGCUUGUCUAUGAAAAAUUUUAUUUGCCAGAUGCUACAAGAUGUUAUGAUUCCAUUAAGGAACACUAG